AUGUCACGACGACUCAUUUCAUUACUGCUGUCAGGUCUCAUCGCGCAGACUAGUGCUCAAAAUGUCGUCAAAAAGCCAGAUACAGUCUGUAUAACGUACCUAUCUACGUAUCUUGUCCCGGUAUUGUCGAAUGCUACGAGUUCUGUGCCGACAGAUGACGCGAACAGCGCGUCGCAGAUCUCCGAUGAUACCUUGACAGCUUCUACGACAUUUGAGUCUGGCAUUGAUCCGUCUCUCGAUCUAACCGAGACCUUUCUUCCCUCUCAGUCUCUUUCUGAGGACUCCACUCAGCUUAUUACAACCUUGGUCACGACUGGGGCGGAUCCAGCGGACUCCGAUCCCACAACAACAGCGCCCGGGCCUGACGACCAGCUCGUUGUCUUCCGCAUCGUCCCAGACACAGAUAACGCAAAACGGAGGCGUUUAAAGAGAGCGCUUGGGGGAUUUAUAGGCUCUGCCUCGGAGAUAUGCCAUGAUGCUUCUACGUUUAGCCUCUCUAACGGCCGACUUCUUGAUGGCGGAAGACCUAUUUACUACAACGGCGAAGCCUUCAAGGAACUGCGAGGUCAACAGGCAACACCACCUCGUGGGUCUGUUGAUACAACUUUUGCCGGUGAUGGUGGAUUCCUUCGGUUUCGUAGCCCCAACCUGCCGAACGGCGAAGCGGGCUUCUGUCAGAGCCCAGAAACUGGUCAGGUAUACAUAACCUUUAGGUCUUCACCUCCUGGCUGCGUGUCUGUUAGGCUAUCCGUCGUUGGAGUUGAUGAGUGCGAAGAUGGGCAAACGUCUUCCAGCACUGACCCUACGUCGAACGAUCUACAGACGUUGCAACCUACAGUAAACUCCGCGGUCACAUCCGUUCCUUUCAGUACAGUCAUGUCUUCUGUUUCUGAUAACCCCCCCGACUUCACAUCGCUUGUAGACUUUACGAGUCUCAUUCUUCCGUCUUUGGAACCUACAAACACACGACCUGUGCGAACAAGUUCUUUUCGCUUUUCCAAUACUUCUACCAACGCGUUUCCUACUAUCCCAAUCGAAACAUCCGAAGACUUUUCUUUUACAAACAUUUCUGGUGUUACAUUCACACCAUCAGAUGAAGCAACAACCGCUGAUAUCCUGCCCACUGGCGCAUUAUCUUCAGAAACACAGCUUACCACGGAGGACGCAGCAUCCAGCUUCCCAGAGGCUACAACACCGACAGAGCCAGAGACAGAAACGGCCACCUCGGAACCCAGUGCCAGCGCUUCCGGGACAGGGACCACCAUCGACAUAGACACCACUACUGACAUAAAGACUACUACUGACAUGGAAACUACCACCGACAUGGAGACUACCAUCGGCAUGGGGACUACUAGCACUACGACAAUGUUGGGAUCCGUGAGCACAUCAGAAAUAACAACAGAAAUUCCGACAACAACCUCAGAUGCCGAGACUACAACAACCACCAGUCCACCGUCUCGUGCGUGCGAGUCCUACCUCAUCAACCCAACAGUAUUAUUCAGCGGUGACCAGGACGACGAAGAUGGAGUCGAGGAGCUUACUCUUCCAUUCCCAGUUGGACUAUACACCGAGUCCAGCGAGACCAUCUAUGUUGGCGUCAAUGGACUGAUAAGCCUAUUUGACAACUCCAUCACACAAUCUUCCAACAACCCGUUUCCCGAUAAUGGCUUACCAUCGGCGGCCAUUGCAGCGUACUGGGAUGACUUGCGCAUCAAAGGGAAUUCCGGUUACGAAAUCACCUACAGAGUUUAUGACGAUGCUGAUUAUCGCGCGGUCAACAUCGAUUGGUGUGUUGUGGAUGCAGACGAUGUCGUUACCCACUUCAUGGUUAUUCUCAGGGCUUACGAUCUCUCAAACCCCGAGUCAGUUUUUAUGCGCUACUUUCAGUCCAAUGGAGGGAAGUCAGCUACUAUAGCUGUACAGAAUCUUGCUGAUGCCAAGUCUGAGCAAUUCUCCUACAAUAUGGAAGAUGCAGUCCCAGAUGGAUGUACUGUUCUCUUCUUCACAAUAGGGGGUGAUGAAAGAGUUGUUUAUGUGCCACCAUGA